GUAUCGAAAUAUCACCAAUGUUCGUUGCACAAUAGUUAAUAAUAUUAAAUUUUAAACAUUUUUUUAAACAUUUUCGGUUUCUAUUUGUUCUGUUUAAUAUAACAUACCGAUUUCAUAACUGCAGUGAUAAAAUAAGUAUCAUCUUAACGGCUCUUUGAAUUGUUGGUGAAUAAAAUCGUAUAAUUAUCAUACAUUACAAGACUACUAGACAAUAUGUAGAUAUGCAUUAACUGUUGGUAAAAAAAAAGCUAAAAGCUAUAUAACUUAUACCACUUUACACACUAUACUUACAGGUUAUCUAUCUAUGUUUUAACAAUCAAAAUAAUAUACGUAUAGUUAUUAAUAACAACUUGAGAACGAUCGAUGGACGUGGAAUUGGUCGACUUAGAGUCUGCCUACCAAGGUGUGAACGACGUUAUCGCGAAAUCGAUUACAGAAAACGGAAAAGACGAAGUGAUUGCACAUGUCAUCAACCAUGAGCGGUGUAGCGACGACAACUUACCGUCGUCCGAAGUACAAAAAGACAUCAGACCCAACCUAAAGGGCGACAGGCUCAAUGUGGCUUUGCUUGUACUACUAUACAUGUUACAAGGUGUACCGGUAGGAAUUUCAUUCGCCAUUAGGACGUACAUGCAGAACAUGAAAGUGUCGUACGUUCAACAAGCAAAGUUCGGUGUAGUCGAUAUACCAUGGAGUUUAAAACUAUUGUGGGCUCCGUUGGUGGACGUCAUGUACUCGCACCGGGUGGGCAAACGGAAGACGUGGCUGGUCCCCGUGGAAUUGUGUAUAGGACUGUUGCUGAUAUUCGUAGCGCCGAACAUAAAGUGGUUGAUGGAAAACGAAACGCGUAUGACCACGUUGACGUGCGCGUUCUUUUUUUUGAACGUUUUGGCCGCCACUAACGACAUCGCCGUAGACGGAUGGACGCUCACUCUGUUGAGAAAGGAGAACUUAGGAUACGCAUCAACAUGCAAUACAUCCGGCCAAGCAUUGGGAGUAGCGUUCGGUUACGUAUUGUUCAUAUUGUUGGAGUCCGAGGAAUUUUGCAACAAGUGGCUACGUUUUACAGCCCAAAAAGGUGGCAUAAUUUCGAUGGAGGGAUAUUUAUUCUUUUGGGGUAUAAUAUAUACGAUGGUAUCCGCGUCUAUUGCUGUGUUCGUGAAAGAGAAAUGCAAUCAGGCCGAUAAGAUCAGCAAAAUCAACGUCAAGCAAAUGUAUAAAUUGUUAUGGAAGAUUAUAAACCUCCGGACGAUGAAAAUAUUUACCAUGGUCAUGCUGGCAUAUGAAUUCUCGUUUUCUUCGAUGGGAACGUCCGUGUCAAAUCCAAAAUUUAUGGAAUACGGCGUGGCAAAAGAAGCCAUGGCUCUAGUUGAUCUGUCAUUGAUCCCCAUAAAGAUUUUCAUUCCUAUUUUUAUUGCUAAAUAUACAUCUGGCCCGAGACCGUUGAAAAUACUCUACAAGACGGUGCCAUAUUGGUUGGUGUUGGGAAUUUCUUCGGGAGUCCUUGUAUACUAUACGCCGAAUUUCAUAAGCGGCGAUUACAGUGAUUGGUCGUUUUACUAUUUCGUGAUUUUCGAACUCCAUCGUAUUUUGAGACUGGUGUUGUUGGUUGCCGUUUACCUUAGCGUGAGGUCAUUCUUUUUAAGAAUCAGUGACCCUCGAAUCGGUGGUACAUACAUGUCACUAUUGAAUACUGUGUGGUAUUUUGGGAUGGCUAUAUCCCGAAUUGUGUUUCUGGGACUGCUCGGCUUGCUUACUGUCAAACAGUGUUCAACAGACCGGGAGAUCGAGUGCCUUUCAAAAACAGAGAAUGAUGAAGAUUGCGAAAAGUUUGCUGGUGACGAUUGCGUCAUCGUUGUGGACGGUUACUUUAUUGAAGUGGUAUUCUGCACAAUUUCCGGUGUGGCGUGGUACCUGGCCCUGAGAAAAAUCCUCGAAAACUUACAGUCCAGACAAUUGAGCGAUUGGCAAGUGAACGACGACGGACUAAUUCACGGCGUGCUACAUGAAUAA